AUAAUCAUUCUCUCCAAUUAUUCCCGCUAAUUAAAAUCUUUGAAACCCAUCGUUCUUCUCUCACGCUUCGACGCAACCCGUUUCUCCGCCAGCCACGCCACCGUGCCUCGACGGUGGUUGCCAAAGCAACACCUCAGCCUGCAAAACCUGCUUCUGCACGUUGUUCAUAUUCGUCACUUUGCUUUUCUUCUCCAGGUUUCUUGAUUACAACUUACUUGUUUUCAUCAAAACCCUAACAAUGAAAAAAUUGUGCAUACAAGACAUAUCGGAGAUGGUGAAUUUAGGGUUAGAUUUAGAGACGGAGAUUUUGGCGUGGCUGCCACUAAAGUCAUUGAUGCUUUUCAGAUGUGUUCAACGAUCUUGGAAUGUUCUUGUUCAGAGCCCUGCCUUUCUGAAACGGCGGCACAUGAAUAUGCAUGAUAGUCCUAGUCUCAUGAUCCUUAAUAAAAAACAAAAUUAUGUAACCCUUCUCUCAUGUGACAACCUAAUACACAUCAAAUCCCCCUUUUCCAACAAUUCUCAUUAUCCCAUAACAAUGGAAGGUAUUUGUAACGGUGUUUUUUGUCUCAAAGGUUUCUGUUGGUAUAAUAGUUGUGUAAAUGAGUUAGCCAUCUUGAACCCGACAACUAGAGAGGUCCAUCGUAUCCCUCACACCUGCUACCUCAGUAAUGGAUCAUACUUGUAUGGUUUCGGUGCUGAUGAUUCCAACAUCAUCGAUUUCAAAGUUGUGAAACUCUGUAUCAAUAAUCAUUGGAGAAAACACAAACUUUCUGUUUCAUCAGCGGAAGUUUAUAGUCUAAUCACUAAAUCAUGGACCCCUACCCGACAUCCUCCUCCUCCUUUUACUAUCAUCACACGUCAAUGUCCCUUCAAAUAUAACACUCUUGUUAACGGCGUUUAUCAUUGGAUUACAAAAAAUUCAUUCUACCAUCGCUAUGAUGGUGUUGCAAAUAUCUUAUGCUUUAACUUUCGCAACGAUCAAUUUCACCAACUCAGAGGGCCAACCUUAUCAGCUGAAGAUCGAUACUUUCUAUGUGAUGAAGAAGUUGCUGAAAUCAAGGGUUUUCUUGCUUAUGUUGUGCAGUGUCACUAUAACAACUUGAAAAUUUGGGUAAUGGAUCAUCGAAAUGGAUGGGAGAAAAAGUACAACAUUGUCCCACCUUUGUUCAAUUUUCGAAUGUGCGGUCUUUGGAAGAACGGGGAUCAACUCCUUGGAGGAAGGGCUGGAGAACUGCUCAGAUCAUAUGACCAUCAAGGCAACUCACUUUGCCAAUUUCAAAUUGAUGUUGAUUAUGCUAAAUAUUUCUGGAUCCAUGAGAAAGAUAGCUUUAUUACUUGUCAAGUUAAGCCCAAAUUGAAAUGAGGUCCAAUAGCCGGAGAUAAGUGCUCAUAAUUCAUAAGCACGGUUGACACUAACAAAUUAGGCAACUCACUUUAUAGAGUAAAGUGAGAGUAUUAUGGAAUAUUGAUUAACAAAUUAAAUCUGAACAUUGUAAGUAUAUCAUAAUAAAUUUCGAGUUUGUUGAAAUAAUAACAUCCGAUUUUUUUUUUCACUUUGCACUUUAUUCAUUUGAAAUGAACCAGAUUUGCAUGAAUCAAAGAGCACAGGUUACAACAUUAAUCAAUGGUGUGUGAAUCCGAGGGUGUGUAUGGGCGAUAUAGUGACCUGAAGUUUCAGACCAGAUUGAUGCAUUGGUGUUUUGUCUCACUGUUUCUGUAUUAGUUGUCUUGGAGGUCUCAUUUUAGUUUUCUUUAAUGGCAGCAGAUUGGGGUAUUUUGUCUUUUGAUUCGCUAACAGUUAACUGUUUUUCCUUUGCAUUGUGAGGUUUGGUGGGUCAGGUGAUCUGUGGAGUUUAAUCCUUUGGUGAAAUAGUUGAUUGUUGGUCAAUCUUCUGGGAUGUAGUUCAUGGUGCCUUUUCUCUGGCUUGAUAGGAGUUGUAGAGAUGUUACAAUUUUGAAAAGGCUCUUGGUUGGAUCUUUGGUGUUGGUGAAGUAUAAUUCUGAGGUAUGUUAAUUGCAUUGUUGAGUCGUCUUGGUUGUAUCUCAAUAUCCUUAUCAUGUUGGCUGCGAAAUAGAAAAGGAGAGA